AUGCCGCAAGAGGAAUCAGGUGAUGAGGAAAGAGAAUGGAAGGAUGAUUUGUUCCAUGCUAUCAGUAGUAGCAAAUGGAGUGAUGCAAAAGCAAUUGUGGACCAAAACUCUGAUGCUUUGACUGCAGUAAUUAUUGAUCAAGGCAGAACCACACUUCACGUGGCUGCAAUGUUUGGGCAUGUCACCAUAGUGGAGGAGUUGCUCAAAUUACUGCCUCCAGAAUUCCUUCUAACUGGUGAUUCUAACGGUGAUACAGCACUUGUAUUGGCUUGCUGGUUUAGUGGAAACACUCAAGUUGCAAAAUGCCUCGGAAAGAGGAAUAGCCACAUACUUGGAAUUUCGAGCAGGUUUGAUGAUCUCCCUGUUACAGUGGCCUUUGACAAUGGUCACCAAGAAUUGGGACGUUAUCUAUAUUCUGUCACUCCAUUGGAAUACCUCAAAGGCCAUCCGGGUUCUAAGCUUCUUCGUGUUUGUUUUCAUGCACAAUGUUUUGGAGUUAAGAAGAUACAAGAGCUAAAGUUGUUGCAUGCACAAGCAGAUGAGCUUCUUCGCCUAGUUUGUAAGAAUGCUAGGAAAGCAUACCAAAAGGGAUUUAUAGAGGAGCCUUUACGUCUUGCCGCUAAAGAAGGGAAUGUGGAGUUUGUGUUUCAAGUCUCAAAAGUAAUCCCAGAGAUCUGCAUCAAUCCAACAUUCGCUUCGUGUUUCAAUGAAGCUCUUGAUUAUCGACAAGCUAAGGUUUUCAGCCUUAUUCAUGGGCUUCGCUUCAGGCAUGUCUUGGUAACAUUUAUAGCUGAUGAUGGAAAUAACUUGAUGCAUAAGGAAGCUAUGAAGGCUCCUGAUCAUGUUCUUAAUCGUAUCUACACACCUACACUACAAAUGCAAAGAGAAUUACAAUGGUUUAAGUUCCGGGAGGAAAUGAUCAAGAUCUUGGAUACCCAUUAUUCAUUAAACAACCAUGUUUUACGGUUUUCAUAUUCUCAACCAUAUUAUCACUUCUCUCUUCUUCAUCUUCAGUUCUAA